CAGGGAGCUGUGACUCCGCCACUGGCCCCGGGGACUCCCGCCCCGCGCCUCGCACGCUCAGCUGCAGCAGCCUCGCAGGCGACCCAGGGCCUGCCUGCCCGCGGUGCAGCGCAGGACGGCGGAGACCAUGGCCCGACUCUUCAGUCCCCGGCCGCCGCCCAGCGAAGACCUCUUCUAUGAGACCUACUAUAGCCUGAGCCAGCAGUACCCACUCCUGCUCCUGCUCCUGGUGAUCGUGCUCUGCGCGCUCCUGGCGCUGCUUACUGUCGCCUGGGCCAGCGGCAGGGAGCUGGCCUCAGACCCGGGCUUCCUGACCACAGUGCUGUGUGCGCUCGGAGGCUUCUCCCUGCUGCUGGGCCUGGCUUCCUGCGAGCAGCGACUGCAGCGCUGGACGCGCCCCCUCUCAGGCCUCGUGUGGGCAGCGCUGCUGGCACUAGGCCAUGGCUUCCUGUUCACCGGGGGUGUGGUGAGCGCCUGGGACCAGGUGUCCUUUUUCCUCUUUGUCAUCUUCACUACGUAUGCCAUGUUGCCCUUGGGCAUGCGGGAGGCCACCGCUGCAGGCCUUGCCUCCUCACUCUCACACCUGCUGGUCCUCGGGCUGUAUCUUGGACCUCAACUGGACUCAAGACCCGCACUGCUGCCGCAGUUGGCAGCAAACGCGGUGUUAUUCCUGUGCGGGAAUGUGGCUGGAGCAUACCACAAGGCGCUGAUGGAGCGCGCACUGCGCGCCACCUUCCGAGAGGCACUUAGUUCCCUGCACUCGCGCCGGCGGCUGGACACAGAGAAGAAGCACCAGGAACACCUUCUCUUGUCCAUCCUUCCUGCCUACUUGGCCCAAGAGAUGAAGGCAGAGAUCAUGGCACGGCUGCAGUCUGGACAGGGGUCAAGGCCAGAGAGCACCAACAACUUCCACAGCCUCUAUGUCAAGAGGCACCAGGGAGUCAGCGUGCUGUAUGCUGACAUAGUGGGCUUCACACGGCUGGCCAGUGAGUGCUCCCCAAAAGAGUUGGUGCUCAUGCUCAAUGAGCUCUUUGGCAAGUUCGACCAGAUCGCCAAGGAGCAUGAAUGCAUGCGGAUCAAGAUCCUGGGAGACUGUUACUACUGUGUCUCCGGGCUGCCCCUCUCCCUACCAGACCACGCCAUCAACUGCGUGCGCAUGGGGCUGGACAUGUGCCGGGCCAUCAGGAAACUACGAGCGGCCACCGGUGUGGAUAUCAACAUGCGCGUGGGUGUGCACUCGGGCAGCGUGCUCUGUGGGGUCAUCGGACUGCAGAAGUGGCAGUAUGAUGUCUGGUCUCACGACGUCACACUGGCCAACCACAUGGAGGCGGGUGGCGUGCCAGGACGAGUGCAUAUCACAGGGGCUACCCUGGCCCUGCUGGCAGGAGCUUACGCCGUGGAGGAUGCGGCCGUGGAGCACCGGGACCCAUACCUCCGGGAGCUAGGGGAGCCUACAUACCUGGUCAUCGACCCCCGGGCAGAGGAGGAGGAGGAAAAGGGCACUGCAGGAGAGCUGCUGUCCUCUCUCGAGGGUCCCAAGAUGCGUCCAUCACUGCUGAUGACCCGCUACCUGGAAUCCUGGGGUGCAGCCAAGCCUUUUGCCCACCUGAGCCACGUAGAGAGCCCUGUGUCCACCUCCACUCCUCUCCCGGAGAAGGCCCUGGCUUCCUCCAGCCCCCAGUGGAGCCUGGACCGGAGCCGUACACCCCGGGGACUAGAUGAUGAACUGGACACUGGGGAUGCCAAGUUCUUCCAGGUCAUCGAACAGCUCAACUCUCAGAAACAGUGGAAGCAGUCAAAGGACUUCAACCCACUGACCCUGUACUUUCGAGAGAAGGAAAUGGAGAAAGAGUAUCGACUCUCUGCACUCCCCGCCUUCAAAUACUACGCAGCCUGCACCUUCCUGGUUUUUCUCUCCAACUUCAUCAUCCAGAUGCUGGUGACAAACAGGCCCCCAGCUCUGGCCAUCACCUAUAGCAUCACCUUCCUCCUCUUCCUCCUCCUCCUCUUCGUCUGCUUCUCAGAGCACCUGACGAUGUGUGUCUUGAAAGGCCCUAAGAUGCUGCACUGGCUGCCCACACUGUCUGGCCUGGUGGCCACACGGCCCGGACUGCGAGUUGCCCUGGGCACUGCCACCAUCCUCCUCAUCUUUACCAUGGCCAUUACCAGCCUGUUCUUACCAGCAACAUCGAACUGCCAUUUUCAGGCUUUCAAUGUGUCCUCCAUGAAUUUCAACCUCUCCUGGGAGCUCCCUGGGUCCCUGCCUCUCAUCAGCAUUCCAUACUCCAUGCACUGCUGCGUGCUGGGUUUCCUCUCCUGCUCCCUUUUUCUGCACAUGAGCUUCGAACUGAAGCUGCUGCUGCUCCUGCUAUGGCUGGUGGCCUCCUGCUGCCUCUUCCUGCACUCCCACGCCUGGCUGUCCGACUGCCUGGUCGCCCGCCUCUAUCUGGGCUCCUUGGACUCCAGGCCAGGGGUGCUGAAGGAACCCAAACUGAUGGGAGCCAUCUCCUUCUUCAUCUUCUUCUUCACACUCCUUGUCUUGGCUCGGCAGAAUGAGUAUUAUUGCCGCCUGGAUUUCCUGUGGAAGAAGAAGCUGAGGCAGGAGCGGGAGGAGACAGAGAUGAUGGAGAAUCUGACUCGGCUGCUCUUGGAGAAUGUGCUCCCUGCACAUGUGGCCCCCCAGUUUAUUGGCCAGAACCGGCGCAAUGAGGACCUCUAUCACCAGUCCUACGAGUGUGUUUGUGUCCUCUUCGCCUCAGUCCCAGACUUCAAAGAGUUUUACUCUGAAUCCAACAUCAACCAUGAGGGGCUAGAGUGUCUGCGGCUGCUCAAUGAGAUCAUUGCUGAUUUUGAUGAGCUGCUUUCUAAGCCCAAGUUCAGUGGGGUGGAGAAGAUCAAAACCAUCGGCAGCACCUACAUGGCAGCUACAGGUUUAAAUGCCACCUCUGGACAAGAUGCACAGCAGGAUGCUGAGCGAAGCUGCAGCCACCUUGGCACCAUGGUGGAAUUUGCAGUGGCCCUUGGGUCUAAGUUGGACGUUAUCAACAAGCACUCAUUCAACAACUUCCGCUUGCGUGUGGGGUUGAACCACGGACCUGUAGUGGCCGGAGUGAUAGGGGCCCAGAAACCACAAUAUGACAUCUGGGGCAACACAGUGAAUGUCGCCAGUCGCAUGGAGAGUACAGGAGUCCUGGGCAAGAUCCAAGUGACUGAGGAGACAGCCCGGGCCCUGCAGUCCUUAGGCUACACCUGCUACAGCAGAGGUGUUAUCAAGGUCAAAGGCAAAGGGCAGCUAUGCACCUACUUCCUGAACACAGAUUUGACACGAGUUGGACCUCCCUCAGCUACCCUAGGCUGAGAACCCAUUCCCUACUCUUCACCUUGAAAAUCCUCGAUAAAGAGACUGGUAUGUCUGGAGCCAAUUGAUGUCAGAAGCUGCUGGUAUAGCUUCUGGGAUCACCUCCUUGCCUCUCAGCAGGACUGCUUUUUCCCAGGCCAAAUCAUGUGUUUGUGUGUGUGCAAGCAUGAGCAUGACUGUGUGGAAGGGAGUGAUUCUUUUCACAAGCUUGGGAAGAGAACUGCCUCAGCCUCCCUGCGUGCCUGUCAACCUGAUUCUAGUAUUUUGUAAACCUUGGAAGUAUGAAGAAUUUUAGCCACAUGACUCAAAACAAGGACUUGUCCUUUCCCGUUCUCCAUCCACAAAUAUUGGAAGGAAUCUCAAGGAAAAAUGUCAUUUGACCUUUAUUCAUUCAACAAACACUAAAUAAACACUUAUUAUCUGCUUACUA